CGUUCCUCUCUUCAUCAUUAUCUGGCUGGGACACAUUUAAUACAAAAUUUAACAUUCAAUUCUACUGUUUAUCCCCCAAAGCGAAACUGAAGAAUCGACUCCCCAAUUGGCCAUGUCCAGCCCACCUGUUGACCUUGGUUCUGCUUCUGCCAGAUUUUUGCAAUGCGUCGUUUGCCAAGAUCUUUUAUCCGGGCAGGUAACCCAGUGUAAAAAUGGGCACAAUAUUUGCUCCUCCCACAGCUUGCAAAGCCUACAGGGGAAAUGUCCCACUUGUCGAAUCAAAUUUUCGGCCGGGUCCUCGCGAAAUAGAUUGGCGGAAGAAAUGGUGAAACAGGAAAGGGAAAGACAAGAACAACAACGAUCUACGCCGUCGAUCUUGACGCCAUCAGUGUCGGCGCCAUCAAUACCCUUAAAUCCUUCGCCAAUCGUACCCUCCAAUUCGCGUCAAACCCAAAUCCGUACACCCAACGCCAACAAUAGGGACGAAACUAUUUCAUGUCGAUACCUGAAGGAUGGAUGUGACACGAUAAUUUUGGCCCCAACAGCCAUCCGUCAUCACGAGCAGAAUUGCUAUUUUAGACCCCUGACCUGCUGUCUGGCUACGGAUGGAUGUAAUCACGCACAAAUACCGUUCUUUGACUACAUCCCGCAUCUCACUAGACUCCACGGCGUGAAAUAUCUCCAGGGUUCGCACCACCUUAAUAAAUAUCUGGUCAAAGGAGUGGAAAGGGAACAACGGAAGAAAUUCGUGAGGGAAGGGUCCACAAGCUUAUUCAUUUUGGAGGUGAGCAAUCAGAUCUUUCUAUGCCGCGCUAAGGAGGAGGGAGACUUGGUCAGUGUUUGGGUCGCGUUUCACGGCCAUCCCGACCAGGGACGCGGCUUUCGCGUCGAAAUUCAGUAUAAUCCUCAAUACGAAGACAUUUUCGAUGGUGAGGGACGCUUUGUUCCGCGCCGGAUGAAUCUGAACUAUCGGGAUCAAGCCGGAUCGUCCAGACAGGAGGAGGACGACGACGAUGGAAUCUACUCUGGUUCAGUUGUACACACGACACGUCAAACUUGGGAGGAGAUUCGGAACUUGGACAGUUACCUGUCCAUGCCGCUGGACAGUUUGGCAUACAAUUUGAAGCAGGAAGCGGGUCGGGCUUAUGCGACUAGUUGGGCCAUCACCGUGACCAUUACGAGGGAACAGGCACGAAAUUAAGGUUCCAAGGGGGGGGGGGCAGGUUUCUAAUUUGAAUUUUGUGCCAACUUUCUCCUGUCUAUUCAAUUGGCGAUUUUGAAAAUCAGGAUAAAAUAGAAGUGAAACGGGUAAAGAAUAAUAAAUUCAAAUUAAAUAUUUUUACAUGGAGCAAAAACAAGUUAAGUUUUCAACCUGAUAACUUUAAAAUUAUCGAUUUUUGAUGUAAGAUUUUCAUUUAUAAAAGACGGAAAUGACCAUGUUUCAAAAGCGUUAUUUGACUACAAAGAAGUGAGACUUGAAACACAUAUUUAAAUUGAAUUUAUACAUACGUCUGAAUAUAUACUUGAAUAUAUGUCUCCAUUUAUUAAAUUUAAACUCAAAACCCGGGUGCAAUCUCACCUUAAGGAAAGAAAGGUGAAAAUAAUCAUUUAGCUGAAGAGAAAGUUUAUUCUAUUGUUAGUCUCUUGUUCGUUAAAACAAUUAAGAAUUCUUCAGCCUUCAUACUCAAUUCUACAAGUGAGUAAACGUUGCAGUAAUAAGUACACUCUAAAUAAUUUGGAGACAAAUCGUCACCCGUGGAGGUACUAUGGCGCUCUAUUUUCUGGUAAAGAUUGCGCAGAUGUUUUGUUAAGUUUUUAACUUAUUUCCCACUGAACGAAACACAUUUGUCGUCGUUAAUUAAAAAAUUCAAUACUUUCAUGUAAAACAAUCCUAUAUUCGGAUAAACAAGUUCAAUGAUUUUCCAGUAUAAUUCUGUGAUGUUUUUAAGUAACAACGUCACAUGGGGUGGAUAUACGAUUUUUUUUACUUAUUUCCCACCGGUUACAAAACGUUUCCUAAAUCGUUACCAGAACAUGGAGCACUAUCGUACCUCCGCGGGUGACGAUUCGUCUCCAAAUUAUUUAGGGUGUAGUAACAAAUUUCGCCAAUACUCAUUCAUUUAUUAAUUAGCGCAAACUACUUAAGGCGAUGUCUUAGGUCACCAAAUUCUAGCUCACUGAUUCCG